AUGCCUUUGAUAGUUUUACCAAUUACACCUUCCGACAUCCGCUCCGUAUACGAUGUAUACUUUUCCGCUUUUGAAGGAAAUGUUAUGCUUGAGAUUUUAUUCCCAAUGGCCUUCAUAGACGGAAAAAUCACAGAAGAGUUUCGUGCUGGACACGCUACUCAUCAACUAGAGUACUUGAAGUCUACGCCACUUGAGCACACGUUAAAAUGUGUGGACACCGACACGAACGAGAUUGUAGGAAUGGCGGUGUACGGGGUGUAUUUCAAAGAAAGACAGUAUGAUGAAUACAAAAGUCCCUCUGGGUGCGAGUGGUUGGAAGGCCAGGAGAGAAAAAGAUGCGAGAAGCUUUUAGUUCCGUUAUGGAAAAAGAAAGAAGAGCUGUUGGAAGGGCGACCACAUGUUUACUGUCAAGUAUUAGCUGUCGACCCUAAACAUCAAAAACGGGGUAUUGGUGCUUUACUCAUGCAGUGGGGUAUCGACGUCGCAGAGAAAUUGAAGGUUCCAAUCUACCUCGAAUCAACGCUUGCUGCUGUGCGACUCUACGAAAAGAUGGGAUUUGAUAGAGUCAAGGGAAGUGUCGUUCAGAAACCUGAGAUCACUGGCCUCGACCAUGACAUUGAAGUCCCCCUUUUCUACAAAAUGCCAAAAAGUAACCCUAACUUCGAUUUUGGGCACCUGAAAGACAAAGGAUACACGCAUAGAACUGAAACCAGAACAAGAGUCAUGGUAUAG